GGUGGGUGGGUGGAGAAGGAAAUGUCCAGAUGACGACCUGUUAAUGGCGGUUGUUGUCGUGGUCAUCUGUGAUAGUAGCAAGGAUACAAGCACACUAAAGAGGUGGAUAGAGGAAGGCUCACACUCCUCUGCCUCUGAGGAAGGACAUGAUGGGGUAUAUAAAUUUGAGGAGUCACAGUAGAUCUGCAGAGAGUCCAGCUGAGUAGGGGAAUAUUUGUCUUCCAGCCUUGGAGUUUCUUCAGUUCUGGCCCCUGGGAACCAGUGGAGUAAUCCUGAAUAUAGUUAGUAUAUUUCACGCUACAGAAUUUUAUGAGUAGAUAGCCAGUUUUUCAAGAGAUAUCUUUUUCGCAUUUUGUUGUUGCCAGUCAUAGGCUUAAGUGUGUGUUUCUUUUUCUCCUAAGUGGCACUCAAAUGUUGAGUGAUUCCUAAUUUAUUUGGCUGUGGACUGACUAAAAGCUGUCCCAUCAGUCUUCAAUGAUCAAAAACAGUUAUUUUUGACAGAUGAAGAAACAUCUAUAGGGAAUGCAGAAGGAUCGUUGAUAAAGGCGUUACAAGCCUGGAAGAAGAACAGCAGCGAGCUGACUAUUGAGUCAGAGAGGGCAUCCUCAGAUAAAGUGCUGUCAGCUUGUCAGGCUUCAUGAACGAGCAGCUGGACUUUAAUAAUAGAAGUGAUAUUAUCAGUGCACUGAAUUACAUACUGCCUUUUAUCUCAGAGGGGAAUCUAGGAGAUGUGGAAUCAACAUUAUUACCAUUCAUUCAACUUCUUUUUUCAAAUACACAAGAUGGAGAUAUGCCACUGGGCAUUUUGAAAAUCAAUACAAGGAGCCCUUCUGUUAAAGUUGUACCCAACAAUUCAACUAAUAAAAAUAAAUUGAAGAAACUUCACUUUCUGGAAAAUUUUUAGAUGCAGAAACUGAAGAAAAAUUUGAUGAGGUUAUAAAGGAAGAAAAACCUGCCACGCAUACGCGUUCCAACCAUUUAAGUACCAUGUUUAAACUCUACAUCUUUCAAAAGAAAUUGGAAGCUGCCCAACCACAGAAAGACAGCCUAGCAAAGAUUGAGAUUACAGAGAAACAUCUGCUGAGAGUGAACAGGGUCCUCAGGGGCCCAAGGGGCAUACAGAAAAUGCACCUCAAAGCAGUGGGAGAUGAGAGCGUCAGGAGGAAACAGAAUGCCUAGCAAUCUGUGGCAAACACUGCUGAAGAAAGAAGGCUCAGGAGACCAUCCCCAAGAAAGCUGAAACAGCUUCUCAUGGUGCAGAGGCCCAGGAAGCUGGUGGGAAAGUCGUCCAAUGCAGAGUCUUCAUUCAUAAAGGAACACAAGGCAGCAGGCUCCUCUUCCCUGAAACAGUACUUCAAGGGCAGGCCUUUUGCCUCCAUCCGUCCAAAAUCCCCAUCUGAGGUUAAAAGCAAGUCAAAAGACUUAUCCCACACUAUUUUUGUUUUAGAAGCUGUAAAGGCUAGAGUUAGAAAUAUUGAGGCUCCUGAACUAAUCUCACCUUCUGGUGAAAAAUAUAUCUUGCAUAAAACUCAGUCUCAUCGGGUCCACAGAAAACCCAAAGUCAAAAGGAGUCGAAAGUUCAGAAAGAAAAGUUCGCUCAAUAGAAUGAUGCUUGCAAGCUCUCCGUUCUCUGUAGCGAGGAGUCUCAUAAAUUCCCCUCCACGAGAGGCUGUUUCACCUUCAAGAGAAGUGACUUCUUAGGAAAAUCCUUUUCUAGCAUUAUUUUCUCUGUCAGACCAUCCUACAGAACACACUACUUCAGAAAACAAUACUGCAUAAAAUGUUUCUGAUGAAAUUGUUUCUAGAGGAAACUCUACUCUGCCAGGAGGAAACGGCCCUGGAAACACUACCCAUGGGAACGUCUUCACUGCACAUUCUACUGUUGCUGCAGACAACAGUAUGCCAACUGUUCAACACACCAACAAAACACAAUGGGAGUACCACAACACGGGCACUGAAUUAUCCUCCGAGCCCACAGACUUCACUUUCCCAGGGCUCACAUCCCCAAGUGAUCAAGUUGAAACUCAGCUAAACCAGCAGCUACGGUCCCUCAUCCCCAACAAUGACAUGCGAAGGCUCAUUUCUCAUGUUAUCCAGACUUUGAAAAUGGACUGCUCAGAGACCCACGUGCAGCUGGCCUGUGCCAACCUCAUGUCUCAAACAGGCCUCCUGAUGAAACUUCUCAGCAAGCAGCAAGAAGUAAAUGCUUCCAAAGCGGAAUGGCAUACGGACCAGUGGAAAACUGACAACUAUAUCAGUGAGAGCACAGAAACCCAGAGUGAGCAGAAAGAGCAGGAGUCAAGUGAGCUCACAAAAGAAGUUCCAGGAUAUGGCUAUAACAACAAACUCAUCUUGGCAAUAUCUGUAACUGUAGUAGUGACGAUUUUGGUUACAAGUCUGUGUCUCAUUGAGGUAAGGACGAUAAUUAAUUCAGAUUCAGAACCCACAAACUGA